GAGAAGAUCAAGACGGAUAAAUCAUUUGAAUGUAUAAACCAGUGUCCAAGAAAUUUUGUGAAUUUUGAGCUGUUGAUUUUCACAAAAAGUUAUUUUUGUCGCCCUUUAAAACUUAUAGUGUAAAUACUGAUUGGUUUUUAUUCAUUUUCGUGGUAAAAGACAUUCGUGUUCACGAGAAACAUGCAGACGUUCCUCAAACCAACAUUGAAACUGAUCUCUCCGCAAACGCGAAACUUUUGCAUACCAGUCGUUAACAUAUUCGAUAGACAAGUUAAACGACUGCAGCGAGAGCGAGCGGCCAAAAGAGACGAUGUAGCCUUAUAUGAUUAUAUUAAGGAGGAAAUAGGCUUUCGGAUAUCAGAUCGCAUCUUCGAUAUUAAACGACAGUUUAAGAAUGCCGUUGAUCUAGGAGCUGGACGAGGUUACGUCACCAAUAAUGUCCUGAAUGAAACUGUCGAGAAACUCACAGCGGUCGAUAUGAGCCCGACCAUGCUGUCGCAAAUUAAGGGAACGCCUGGUCUAGUUUUCGACGUGCGAGAAAUGGAUGAGGAAAAGUUUGACUUUGAGGCGCAAAGCUUAGAUUUGGUUAUAUCGAGCUUAAGUAUGCACUGGGUGAAUGAUUUGCCAGCUUGUUUCAAGGCAAUCAAUAAAGCCUUGGUUCCAGACGGAGUCUUUAUAGGAGCAAUGUUUGGAGGAGAAACAUUGUACGAGCUAAGGUCAUCGCUUCAGUUGGCAGAGUUAGAACGAAAAGGUGGACUUGCCCCACACAUAUCUCCUUUCACUCAAAUAAGAGACGUUGGCAUGCUACUGAACAGGUCCAAUUUCACCAUGCUAACGAUCGACACGGAUGAAAUUGUUGUUGGGUUUCCGUCGAUGUUUGAGCUGUUAUGGGACCUACAAGGGAUGGCUGAGAACAACGCUGCCUUCAACAGACCAUUGCACUUGAGCAGGGAGACGCUUUUAUCAGCAGCUGCCAUCUACAAAAAUAUGUACGGCAAAGACGAUGGUGUAACGGCAACGUUUCAGAUUAUUUAUUUUGUUGGAUGGAAACCUUGCCCCACACAACCACAGCCACUGGAACGGGGAUCAGCCACGGCUUCACUGAAAGAUUUGGGGAAGUUGAUGGAUCCAAAGAAUGUGAAAAAUGAAUAGAUAUGUAUGUUGUCUUAUUAGGGAAAAAUUUAUUUUAAGAAUCUUUAAACCAAAAACAAAAAAAAAAAAAAAAUAAACGCCACAAGUUUAGAACUCAUAUUUCUUUGCAUUUGUGUCUGGUACCCAUUUGAAAUGAUCUGACUCCAUUUACAAAACUUACAGUCUUGAAAAUCCGUUAAGAGGAGCCUUAGUUCUCUAUUAGCUAUCUUACGCGAUAUCUUACAUAAUAACCAUAAACCGGUACGUUUCGAACGUAGCUGAAAGGAGUCAAUGGAACAACAGAAAAAAAGAAAAACAAUAAUAUGCUCAGCAUUCAAAUGUAAUACGAAACGGGCAGAAUUUUAAAAAACUAUUUCAAAACAAAAAAAGAACAGUCAGAUUUAGGACUCGUAUAGCAAUCGUUGGUAGUGUGGGUGUAUUUCACUGGUAGGAACAUGCAGGCUAAACUCGAGCGCAACCAGAACUGCAAAUUCCGAUGCAAUCAAUUCCUUUCGGUUCAAACGAAACACGCUCUCCGUUUUCUAAAAUAUAGGAAAAAUAUGAUAAAAUUGCCAACCGAUAUUCAGGAUUCACACAUACCUCAAUCAAGCUUUUUAGCGCCUCGCCCUUGACGUCGUUCAAUUUGGCACUCAGUAGCAGACAGGCGCCGGCGCAAAGUUUCCGGUUUUCCUUGUUGAUCAAAUUCGACAGAAUCAGCUUCUCGAAAUAGACGUACGCCUGCGAGAUGGUCAGAAAGUCGAUGCGAGAGUCCAGCUUGUUGAUGCGCUUCAUUUCCCUUUUGAUACUAUGACAAAUAUUUAAGAAAUA